AUGGUUCUUUACAAAAGGAAGCCUAUCAUACUUCCCGCUGCAAAAGAGCUACCGAGGAACCUGGGCGUCAAUGUUUGGCAUCUGAAUGAGACUGGAGAGUGGUUCACAUCAUAUGAGGAAUAUUUGGACAGAUUGGACUUUUACAAGACGAGACAUUUUACGUGCGAGAUCACAGGAACAUCGAGCCUGACGUUUUUCGAUGCUUUGAAUAGCGAGGAGCUUCAAUUCCGACUUGUUGAAGAAAAGUUUCCUUUAAAGCUGCGAGAGCCAAUCGCACGUUUUUUGCAUUUCAACGAGAUCCGCAGACUUGAUGUGCUUGUUGAGCGUGUCUACAGCAAGUUCAAGAAUGAUUUUUACCCCGGAGAAACCGUUUUUCUCCGCAAAAAGGGUCCUAAGCAAAUUUCACCGACCCCCCCUAACGAUCUCGAUGGUACUGGCCCAGUUGUCUCGCAAAUUCAAGUUCCGCGUUCAUACAUUAUAAGGGAAAAAGCGCAAUUCAACACAGCAGCUGUUCCUGAGAUUCCCGGGAGUACACCACAACCGUUUUCGAAAUACAUGUUGGUGGACGAGCACGGGUUGAGGUCUGUAAUCGCAGACCAGACCCAAAUAUACCGCGACCGUUCGACGUUUACGAAACACCUUAUUAAAUGUUUUUGUAAAAUUACACUGCGACGCGCUUCGAGCAAAAUGGGAGCACCUUGGUGUGUCAAAAAUGAAUAUCUUCCAGUAUAUGGCUUGGUAAUGGAUUGGCCAGCAGAGAUGGCUCACUUAAAGGACGACGACAAGAACAGCGUGAUUGAAUCAAAUUCAGAGAUUGGUGGUGAGGGAAUUGAAAGAAAGAGAACCGCCGAGGAUGGGAAUAACCUCGAACAAAAUUCAGGUUUGAAGAAAUCGAAAACUGGUAAUGGCGGUACCAAAGAAGUAGAAGAGCCUUUGCAUCGUAGCAAAGAAAGUGAGUCUCGGAUCCCCUAUGUACCACUGAUUCAAAGGGCCUACAAAAAUACUUACUGUUACGAUCAAAGAUUAGAGAAGGUCCCUCAGACGUCCAUUGCGUGCAAGUUUCCGGCGAUGACCAAAUUAGUUGAAAUUCAUCAAUUUUUGAUGGCCUUCAAAGAGGUUCUUAUGAUUUCAAAAUUUUCCCUCGAAGAAUUUGUAAUGAGCCUCAAAUGUACCACUAUACCACAACAAUCGCCGUCCCGGAUUAAAGCUUCUAUCAGAGGAGCUAAUCCCAAAGUUGAGGACGAGUUUAAAAAUUUUGAUUUAGCGACGUUCAAAGAUGCGUUACAAGCUCCUUUUGGGGCAACUUCCUAUUUCACGAAGCUUAACGAUUUAGUAAAUUGUCAACCUUCGCAACAUAUCUGCUAUGAGGUAGAGCAAGCUGAGUUGGAAAGUCUAGUGGUGUUUGAUGACGUCGCUGCUAGCGGAUGUUCGCUCUUGGUGGAAUGCUUUGUAGCACUACUGCGUUUGUUUAUUGACGAGGGAGGAGACUGGCGCUGCUUAGUGGCAGAAAGAUGGUUAGAGGAGGAGGCUACAGAGAAGGUCGAUGAAGAAAUGAGCACAAAUCACUUAAACACAGACACCGGCGCUGUUAAGGACCAGGAACUCAAGAAUGACACAAGUGACAAUCUUCUAGAACCGCAUAUCAAUGAUCUGUUAGAAAAAAGCAUAAAUUAUCGGAACAUCAGUUGGUCAGAACGACUCAUCAAGCGGAAUUUCCAAAAUGGAUCGUGGUUAAUCAUCUUGCUGGGAGUUUACCAGGAUUGUAUGCACAUGCCACUGUACACAGACCUUAUCGAGAAAUUUAUCAGCAAGGUCGUGCCCUCAGGCGGGCACGAAACCCAAUUGGGAAAAAGUCUAUGGAGAAACUUUUGUCAGAAUUUAAGCUUAGAAGAGAAGGUGGAAUCUCUUUGGAUCUUGGUCGAUUUGACUUCCAACUUUUCGCAGGACAUCAAAGAAGCGGUGGACGCUUCAAUGGAGUUGUGCUCUCAACUGAGAAGUGAGCGCUUCAAAAUCAGUCGAGACCUAAAAGUGGAGAUUAGCAAGUUGCAGAACACUUCAACUCAAGUAAAGGAAGCAAAUGAAUCAACGAUUAAUUCGGAGGAGGCACAGAAAUUGGGAGAGUCCCUGAUUGAGCUCGAAGGAAACGUGAAGCAAUUGGGGAGGGAUAAAGUCUUGUUGGAUCAAGCUUUGGUUGAUAACGAUCUUCAGAAGUUGAGACCUGUGGGUAAAGAUAGGCACGGUAAUAAGUACUUUUGGUUUAAGGGAAAAGGGGACAGGAAUUUGAACAGUCUGGAAAAAACUCAAUUUUCACAGCUGUGGAUCCAGGGACCUUACAUUUCGGAGGCUUCCUACUUCCUUGAGGUUUCCGUACAAGAUAUUGAUAAAUGGCUUGAAACAACUUCUAAAAGCUCCAGCAUAGCAGCUACAAAAAGUAUAUUCCAAAUAUACAGGGUUGAUGACGGGUCUUAUAAUGUUGUGAAUGGAAAUUUAGAACAGACUCUGUUGGACGCAGGCGGAAAGAUCACAACUUCCGUUGAACUCUCUCCCAUACAAAAAAAAAUUUUGGACGAAAUGCCGGAAAGACUUCAGAUUUCCAGCACGCAAUGGUCUGCAAUUGAUACAGAGGAAGACUUCUUGUGCUUGCUAACUCGACUCAGCUCGCAAAUCAAAUGCGAGCAAGAAUUGUCCAAAGGGCUCAGAAAUGAUCAGAGUAGCUUAAUAGAGGAUUUGAAGCAAAAUGAAACCAUUUUAGCAGGCAUUGACAAACGUAUCAACGCGUUGGUGGAUGAAUUCUCUAAGUACACGCUAAGUGACGAUGACUUCGUUGAGAGCUUGGAGCCCUUAGACUACAAAAAAACUCUUCAAAAUGAACGCGAGCUCGAUGAUAUCUUGCAGGAGCUAAUGGAACUGGACGAUUCAUCUAAAACGAGAAAAGCCUUGAACAGGAUCGAGGAGCUUGAAACCCGACGAGACGAAUUGAUCAAAUCGCGGAGUCUCGCAGCAAAAGACUCAUCUCAGCAGCAUGGUCUUACACUUAAGGGCUCUUUAAACAAUUUGCAAGUCAGGGAUCACAAAUUGAAGUGUCAAACCGAAAUUUUGACUGAAUUAUCGAAUCUCAAGAGGACGAUUUGCCUUGAAACAGCUACAUCCUGGGAUAAUUUAGCAGCAAGAAAAGUUUGGAACACUACACUUUACAAAGGUGCCGCCGGAGAAUCGAAAGUUGAGAUUGAUAGAAGUUCGGAAUCUAGGCUGAGCAAAAUUCUGGAGAACACCUUUCGUGUAAUAAACAAGAAACCCUGA